CACACCCAUGCAUGUGAAACUACGAAGAGACAAAUAAGACACAGGAAGCACAUCGCCAAUGUCAAGGACUAAAAUAAGGAAACUGACAUAAGAAACUUGUUUCAGAAGGACCACUGGAACAGGAGGUGAAGAUGGACAAGUCAGAGAUGUUUGGCUUCUCUCUGGAGGCAGACGACAGGACGGAGGAGGAGAAAGCGCGGCAGAAAACAGCAAAUAUGAGCCAGGAAUCGCCCAAGGCUCCCAUGGACACUGAUUAUGAGGAGGACAUGGAGAAGACCAAGCCGCAAAUCAGAUUCAAUCUCAAUUUUGACAAAGAGAUGCGAGGGGAGCAGAGCGAGAAGAGACACAGCAAGACUUUUAACAUUGAGAUGUUGUUUGAAGCGGUGGCCAGCAGGGAUGUCAGAAGGCUGGAUGGCCUGCAUCAGUACCUGCACCAGAACAUGAAGAAACUCUCCGACUCUCUGUAUCAGUCCUAUGGAAAAACUCCCCUGAUGAAGGCUCUGCUGCACAUCAAGGAUGGAAAGAACGAGACGGUGGAAUUAUUGAUCGACAUUUCAGAGAAGAUGGGCGAUAUUAAAGAGUUUGUGAAUGCAGCCUACACCAACAGCUACUACAAAGGCCAGACAGCUCUGCAUAUAGCCGUUGAGAGGAGAAGUAUUCCCUAUGUGAAGCUGCUGGUCAGUAAAGGAGCAGAUGUCCAUGCCGCAGCCUGCGGGACAUUCUUCCAGCCACACGAUGGCCCCAACUUCUACUUUGGUGAGCUGCCUCUGAGUCUGGCCGCCUGCACCAACCAGCCCGACCUGGUGGACUUCCUCAUGGAGAACGAGUACCAACGCGCUGAUGCUAAGAUGACGGACUCCCAUGGUAACACAGUGCUGCACGCUCUGGUGGUGGUGGCUGACAACUCUAAGGACAACACAGAGUUCAUCACCAACAUGUAUGACCGCAUCCUCAAGAUCACCGCCCGUCUGCACCCCAAGCUGAAGCUAGAGGACAUCGAAAACAACAAGGGGUUGACGCCUCUAAAAAUGGCCGCCAAGACUGGCAAGAUGAUGCUUUUCUCACACAUCCUGAAAAGGGAAUUCCACGAGAGUCCCACCAAACAUUUAUCCCGUAAAUUCACAGAGUGGGUUUACGGACCAGUCCAUAGCUCUCUGUACGACUUGGCCUCUGUGGACUCGUACGAGGAAAACUCCGUCAUGGAGAUACUGGUCUACGGCAGCGACAUCCCUAAUCGCCACGAGAUGCUCCAGACGGAGCCUCUGAGCCAUCUGCUGGAGGAGAAGUGGAAGAAGUUUGCGGGUCGAAUGUUUUUUCUCAACUUCCUGGCCUACUUCCUGUACUUAAUCAUCUUCACUAUUGUAGCCUACAAUAGGAAAUUGGGAGAGCCGCCACCUUCCAUCCAACGCACAAAAACUGGAUUCCUGUAUUUUUCAGGCCAGGUAGUGAUAGCCCUGGCAAACUGCUACUUCUUUGUCAUAGGGAUCCUAGACAUGAAGAGGAAACGACCAAAGUUGGAGAUGCUGCUGAUCGAUGGAUAUUAUGAGAUUCUUUUUUUUGUGCAGGGCCUCCUCUUCCUGGUCUCAGCUGGACUGUAUGUGAUCAAGAGGCCCGAGUACCUCGGCUUCCUGGUGCUGUGUCUUGCUCUCAGCUGGGUGAACAUGCUCUACUUCUCCAGAGGCGACAAACACAUGGGCAUCUACAGCGUCAUGAUACAGAAGAUGAUCCUCAGUGACAUCCUGCGCUUUCUUUUCGUCUACAUCGUCUUCCUCGUUGGAUUUGCAGCAGCGGUGGUCACAUUGCUCAAUGAGCCUACUGUACCCCCUACCCCUGAACCUGGAAAGGGUAGAUUCUUUGUCCCUUCCGAUGGCUGCACAAGUAUCUCCCUCAAAAGCAUCUCCCACACCAUUAUGCAGCUCUUCAAGUUCACCAUCGGCAUGGGCGACAUGGAGUUCACUGAGGACUACGAGUACAAAGAGGUCUUCUAUGUGCUGCUCAUUGCCUACAUCAUCCUCACCUACAUCCUGCUGCUCAACAUGCUCAUCGCCCUCAUGAACAGAACUGUGGAGAGGAUCACUGAGGAGAGCACCAGCAUCUGGAAGCUACAGAGGGCGACCACCAUCCUGGAAAUGGAGAAAAGACUGUCCUGCUGUCUGAGGAAGAGGUUCCGCUGUGGGGUUGAGAAGAACCUCGGCACUGCUCUUGGAGAUGACCGACGCCGGUGUUUCAGAGUGGAGGAAGUCAACUGGAACAAAUGGAACAUCAACCUGGGCAAAAUCAAUGAGGAUCCUGGGUUCUGGGAUCAUGCCCGACAACCUGCCUCAGACACCCCGCCAAACAGACCACACAGAGGGAGGAGCUGGAGAGGCAUUUUCAGGGAGGCGAGUCAGCGUCGGACAUAUCACAGCACAGAGAUGAGUCCUCUGAGCCCCCACGCCACAACAGAGACUGGUUGCUCAGCCUGACUGACCCGAGCAUCGAGGCAUUCAAACCUAAAGACAGUAUUCAGUUUCAGUUCCUUGAAUGUAACUGUCAAAUGUGGGCACUGCCUUCCUGACUGAUUGAGACUCCCAUGUCAGCUUGAUUUUAAAUUUAGUCUUUGAGGAAAUAUUUCACUGAGAUGAGCAGUGAUGAGGAAUAUAUUGUAGAUAUUUGUUCAUCUCACUGACAUAAUGUUGUAAAAUAGUAGGACUUUCCAAGGCUGCAUGAAGUGUCAUACAUAAAAAAAAUGUAUUAAACAUUUAAUCCAAAGGCUUGUGCACAUGCUGUUUCCACCUCCACCUGAACAGGAUGCACAUCCUCUCUGCACAAAGGCCAAAACCUGCU